ACAUUAUUUAUUACAGAAAAUGAUGCAAGAGAGCACUAUAAAAAUGGUGUUAGCUAUAAUAUCACCACGCAAACAACAAAUCUACGAUAGAGUUCAAUUACUUGCAAUGAGACGGCCAGGGCUGGUUUAUGCCUUGGCAUUUUGCCUCGUAGUCACUACGGUUGCAGCUGCCUCGGAACCUUACAAGCAUGCAUCUCCCCUGCCACCAAAACAUCCCAUCGCACCUCCUUACAUUUAUAAGUCUCCACCACCAGUUCACUCCCCACCUCCACCAUAUGUCUACAAGUCUCCACCACCGCCAGUCCACUCCCCACCUCCACCAUAUGUCUACAAGUCUCCUCCACCACCAGUCCACUCCCCACCUCCUCCUUAUGUUUACAAGUCACCUCCUCCACCAAAACAUUCACCGCCACCUCCUUACAUCUAUAAGUCUCCACCACCACCAGUUCACUCCCCACCUCCACCAUAUGUUUACAAGUCACCUCCACCACCAGUCCACUCCCCGCCUCCUCCUUAUGUUUAUAAGUCACCUCCUCCACCAAAAUAUUCAUCGCCACCUCCUUACAUUUAUAAGUCUCCACCACCACCAGUUCACUCCCCACCUCCACCAUAUGUCUACAAGUCUCCACCACCGCCAAUCCACUCCCCACCUCCUCCUUAUGUUUACAAGUCACCUCCUCCACCAAAGCAUUCACUGCCUCCUCCUUACAUCUAUAAGUCUCCACCACCACCAGUCCACUCCCCACCUCCACCAUAUGUCUACAAGUCUCCACCACCGCCAGUCCACUCUCCACCUCCUCCUUAUGUUUACAAGUCACCUCCUCCACCAAAGCAUUCACCACCACCUCCUUACAUCUAUAAGUCUCCACCACCACCAGUUUAUUCCCCACCUCCACCAUAUGUCUACAAGUCUCCACCACCGCCAAUCCACUCCCCACCUCCUCCUUAUGUUUACAAGUCACCUCCUCCACCAAAGCAUUCACCGCCUCCUCCUUACAUCUAUAAGUCUCCACCACCACCAGUCCACUCCCCACCUCCACCAUAUGUCUACAAGUCACCACCACCACCAGUUUUUUCCCCACCUCCACCAUAUGUCUACAAGUCUCCACCACCGCCAGUCCACUCUCCACCUCCUCCUUAUGUUUACAAGUCACCUCCUCUACCAAAGCAUUCACCGCCACCUCCUUACAUCUAUAAGUCUCCACCACCACCAGUUCAUUCUCCACCUCCACCAUAUGUCUACAAGUCUCCACCACCGCCAGUCCACUCUCCACCUCCUCCUUAUGUUUACAAGUCACCUCCUCCACCAAAGCAUUCACCGCCACCUCCUUACAUUUAUAAGUCUCCACCACCACCAGUUCAUUCCCCACCUCCACCAUAUGUCUACAAGUCUCCACCACCGCCAGUCCACUCUCCACCUCCUCCUUAUGUUUACAAGUCACCUCCUCCACCACCAAUACACUCCCCACCUCCUCCCUAUAUCUAUAAGUCACCUCCACCACCAGUACACUCUCCACCUCCUCCUUAUAUCUACAAGUCACCUCCACCAUCACAUCCUAAACCACAUCCUCAUCCUCAUCCUCAUCCUAAGCCUCAUCCCCUGCACCCCCACCCCCCACAUCCCAAGACUCCAUCACCUCCAAAACCCAAAUAUAUUUACAGUUCACCUCCACCUCCAAAAGGUUACUAAGGUGAUGUUUACUCUCUAGUCGUUACGAAGUCCGUUGUGAGUUUAUAACUCAUAAUAUAUCUCGAAGAAACAAAAUAAUUUAAAGUCGUCAACCGUUGUUCACUUUUACGUUACAAAUCUA